CCACAUUUGGUUCGUCGGACUGUUUAGGAUUUGAGUUUGACAGUUUUGGAAACAAAGCUGAAUUUUAAUUUUGUAAACACGACAAUUUUAUUUAUUUGAAUGACAAGAUAGGCGAUAAAAUGGCAUUCCCGAUUCAUCACGUAAUGCAAACUGAAGAGGAGGUGGAACCACUCGACCAAAUUGACCAGGCUGCCUCUGAUCGAAUAUUAGAAUUAUUCGCCACUUCGUAUCCUGAGUUGACCCGUGCUCAAGUUCUGAUGCUGGAGAGGUCAAACGAAACGCAAACAAACGUUUUUUAUUGUGCACGACUCCAGGUUGUUUUAGACUGGAAGGAGAUCACAUUGAUGUGGAAUUUCCACACUGUUUUAUACAUUACAACACUGAGGUGCAUGUGGUGUUGGAAAUAUCGCGUGUUCAGAACAAUGAUGAGAACGAAGAAGAAAAUGAAAACCACCCCUGCCGACAUGUACAGUUCCAAGUUCAUGUGGAUAAUGAGGAGUGAUGCAAAGACGAGGAAGUAUCUACAAAAACUAUGGUUUCAGCACAAACAGGGAUAUUCGCCGAAUGUUCCUUCAGUCGUCACAGAGAGUUGGAUUUUUACUACUUACCAGGAAGCGGUAGAGAAAAUAUCUUGUCUUCAGUUCUGCCAUAUCCUCAAGGCUUUGAAUGACACGACCUACCAAUACAUAUCAGACCGUGUCGUACUUCCCGUUAAUCUGCAACUGGAACCACUACUCCACUCUCUGGGCAUCACAAUUACCCUACAAGGAUCCGUGUCAGAUGAAGACCUCGAGUCAAUUGGUCUUUCUGACUUAUUUGGUGUCCCAUUUAAUGAAGAGUCCUUCAAAGAGUCAAAGAUUGUCCUAUAUCGGGAAUCGAACAAUCAUUUCGAAUACAGAGGAGUCACCACCGAUUGGAGUAAAAAACACUUUUCUGAUAAGGCCGCAGGGAAAACUCUUAUUUGUGUAUGUAAGGAGAGGGGUCACAAGUUUACAUUUGAACCACGUCGUAUAUUGACUGACAAGGAUGACAUGGAAAAAGCAGAGUGUAUGACGAUUCUAGGAUCAGCAAUAGUUAGUUAUUUGCACGCACCACGACCAGAUACUCGACAAGACUUUGUUAAUGUUAAUUGUAGAUUAGACACGAAGUUUUUAGUAAAUAGACGACGUAUUAUUAGUGAUAUGCACAAUGUUCCUCUACAAAGUUAUGAGAAUCCUGAGGAGCAUGCUGAGGAUUAUAGUUAUGAUGAUGAGGCAGCUUUUUAUGAUGCAUAAUAUUUAACUGAUCUUGAGUUAUUAAUGCAGUGGAUUGCUCAUGAGUACCGUAUUAAGGUUAUUAUUACUGUUAAACCGGAGGAAGUGGAUGAGCAAUAGUAGUUGUAGAAAGCGCAUUGAGCCUAUGUUUGUAUGAUUAAUAAAUUGAUACGUCUGACUAGUUAAA